AUCUGAAAGGGGAUUUUUGCUGUAUCUUUGGCUCAGAGGCCUCAGGGUGUGUUUGCCACCGCUGUGUGAGCAAACAAUGACGGAGGACAGGCUGAAGGCGGACCCCUCCAAGCGAGAGGGGCUGGACUCAGUAGAGGGAGACACAGAGCCCAGCCUGCUGCUGCAGAAACUAAAGAGCAACAUCUCUAAGAAUGUACAGGGCAAAGUGGACGUUAUCCUGCAAGAUGUGCAGCGCUUCUCUGACAACGACAAACUCUACCUUUACCUCCAGCUGCCUUCUGGCCCCAGUUCAGGGGAGAAAAGUCUGGCAAUGGCCCCGCUGGCACAACUUAGGCGGUGGUGUAUUUCUGCAUCGAUGUCAGCUUUGGAGGAGAGAACACUGCCAAGCAGCAGCAGUGACCCCAGCUCCUUCAACACAGCUGACCAGCUGCACACCUGCAACUGGAUCCGCAGCCACCUGGAGGAGCAUGCAGACACCUGCCUGCCCAAGCAAGACGUCUACGAGACAUACAAGAGAUACUGUGAAAACCUGCAGCACCGGCCUCUGAGUGCUGCCAACUUUGGGAAGAUCAUCCGUGACAUCUUCCCCAACAUCAAAGCCCGGAGGCUCGGUGGCAGGGGACAGUCCAAGUAUUGUUAUAGUGGAAUCCGCAGGAAGACGGUGCUAAACAUGCCACUGUUGCCAAACCUGGACCUGAAAAACGACCCAUCGGAGCUGACGGAGCUGGUGCAGACCUACAAGCAAGAGGUGACGGAGGCGGCUUGUGAGCUCAUCUGUGAUUGGGCCCAGAAGAUCCUCAAGCGUUCCUUUGACACAGUGGUCGAGAUCGCCCGUUUUCUUGUGCAGGAGCACAUCGUCAAUCCGCGCUGCAGCCAGGCUGAACUUGUCACUUCUGCCGCUAUGGCAGGAGGUCCUGCAAAGCCCCACAAGGUGAUCAAGAAGAACCCAGUACCAUCCAAAGGAGGUGGGCCAGAGAUGGAAGGGAGCGGCUCUGAAGCUAAGAGGGAUAAAGAUGUUGGGGAUCAGUCGUUGCCAGGGAAACUGCAGUCCAGUGACAAGGUUAUGAAAGGGGCGGAGUCGGUACGCCCGGGGGGUCGCGAAUUGCAGGUGGAGGCUCUGAUGAAACACUUGCCCCGAAUCCUGCCUCGGAGCUCUGUCCCGGAAAAGUCCCAGCUUUCGGUGCGCUCCUCGCCUCCCUCGCUGGCGCCCAAAGACGCAGGCGGCAUGAAAGUCAUCACAAUGACUGCCCUGCCCCAGCAGCAAGGGGGCGCUCUCCCCGUCAUGAUCCUCCCCCAGAGCGUCAGCCUCUCCUACCCCGACAGGGAAAAAGCCCCAUCAAUCACUAUGGCGCCCGUGGCACCAACGUCGGUGGUGCAGAGGGCUCGCGCAGUGGGCAAACGGGCCCCCGAGGCUGCAAGUGGGGGCCCCGGGCCGGGAGGCACGCCGGCCAAACGUAAACGAGGACGACCCAGGAAGCCACGGCCAGAGGACACCACCCCCCCGCAGCCGCCCCCUCCACCCUUACCCUCGGUCAACCAAGCCCCUAUUAUGAAUUCCCUCACCGGAGGGGUGAUCCAGAAAGCCUGCUCUUCCUCCUCCUCCCAGGUGGUGGAGGUCGUAUUCCAGGACCAGCAGGCCGUGGUACUAGGUCAGCUGCAUUCGGUAGCAGACACAGGUGACCCAGAGCACCGGGGCGUGGUGCUCGAGACUGACCCACGGCCCGUGCUGCUGCUGUCAGGGGCCAGUCACACAAACUGGGACAUGGGCAGGGCCAUGGUAGAGGUCAUCCAGAGGGCCCCGAGACCACCCACCAUCAUCACCAAGAACAACAACAACUCCCAGUCUACCCCCCAGCACCGCCUGCCCCUGCCCACUGUGCUGGAGGAUCGAGGGGAGGUGGAGAUCACCCUCACCCCCGUGGAGCCUUCGGACAAUCUGCCGACCCCCACUGGCCAGGCUAGCUCGACCCCCACUGCCCAGCCUAGCUCGGAGGGUGGCCCCACACCCGAUGAGAGCUCUAAAGAACCUAGCCCUGGCCUUCCUUGUCCCAGAGACUAAGGAGCACUAAGGGACUUUAUACUACCCUUAGGGGGAGGAUAACCACCCCCAAUCAUCUUCUCCCAUGUAGCGUCUUCUCCCCGAUUGGUGGAAAUCCAAGAUUGGUAGUGCAGAGAGCCAAGAAGGAUCGAUGAAGCCUAAACACUAUUAAUCCCUGUUGACCUUCCGUUUAUAACUCUUUGCUGUGACUCUAACUGCAUGUUUGUCUUUGUAAUUGUGAGCAGAGAGAGCAAUAAAGGCGGUUCCAUAGUUCUUAUGACGAGGGGGGGAGUAUUUACGGGUUCGGACCUUUUAAGGUAUUAAGUGCUACUCUCCCUGAGAGGAACUCCCCUCAGUGUUUAUUUUCUUUAAAUAAUAUACAGUUGAAAUCGGAAGUUUACAUACACCUUAGCCAAAUACAUUUAAACUCAGUUUUUCAUAAUUCCUGGCAUGUAAUCCUAGUAAAACUUCCCUGUCUUUGGUCAAUUAGG